CGAUCAUUACAUUUAGCAGUAAUUAGGGAGAAGAAAAAUACUUCUUCAGAAUUAGCAGUAAAUGUUAAACGUGCAGUUGUAAUAUUACGAACUUACAGCUUGCUUGUUCUGCUAUUGCACAAACUUGUAGAUUUCGGAUUGGUUGCCACCUUGUGUUUGGACCUUAGCAUGGACCAUGGCGCUGGAAAGGCAGCCGCUGGGACACUGUGGAUUUGUUUUAGCUCUGGAGAAUCCCUUAAUUGAUCGACGGCGACUCCUUGAUCGACACCGUAAUACUAGAGCGCGUUCCAUUGUUUUGAGCCGUCUGAAGGAAACUGAACGGUGCUAUGCUUCCAUCUGCAGUUGUCUGGACGUCUCGCUGGAUGGAGGACGAUUCUUGUUGUCUGGUGGAGGAGAUGGAUCCAUCAAUAUCCAUGGCUUAACCAAAGACAGUCGAUCUGUGCAGCAGACUUUUCCUGUUCUGGGAAAAAUCAUUCCUGGAUCUCGUUUUGCUCAUGAGUACGCCGUGAGUGCUUGCCAGUUUUAUCCCCACGAUCCCGGCGUCUUUACCACCUCAGGGCAUGAUGGUAAAGUGAAGGUAUUUGAUACAGCCAAGAUGAUGCAGGUGCAUCAGUUUGCCUUCAAUAAACCAGUGGCGGAUCAUUCCAUGUCGUACCUUGCUUCCGCCAGGCCAUUAAUAGCAGUGGCACUUGGCGAUAACACUGUGCGAAUCUGUGAUCUGCGUACCGUUUCCUCUGCUCACACAUUUUCCGGUCACAACCACCCGGUGAACUGUGUGCGCUGGUCGCGGCAUUCUCCCUCCGUUCUGGCAUCGGGGGGCGUGGAUGGGAAAAUAAUUUUAUGGGACGUUCGCAAAGCGCGCUCGCUGUUAGGCUACCUGGACAACAAUAAUAAUCCACCGACAGCGGCUACUGCGGCCACGAUUAAUGUGGCGCAUCACCACGCUGUGAUCAGUUUGGAAUUUACCGAAGAUGCCGCGCACCUGGUAUCAUAUGGUGCUGAUCAUAAACUGCGUUUAUGGAACAUUGAGACAGGAAAAAAUACCGGUGUCAACUACGGGAGAAUUCCCUUCGUCUUUCAUGAUGUUCGCCGGCGUCUCCAAAUAGCGCUGACCAGUCGCGUCCGGCCGGAUCUCAUUUUUGUACCCAGCGAUGACCGGGUGUUGGUGUUCGAUAUGUUUAGCGGGGAAAAAGUCGCCACUUUGACGGGUCACUUUGGACAGGUUUUGACUUGUGCAUAUCAUCCGCAUUUCCAAUACGUGUUUACUGGAUCAACAGACAGAAACAUACUGGUCUGGGCACCAGAAGCAGAUUUCGCUGACUAUUUUGAAGAACAAGAAGAAGCCAAAAGGCGAGAACUGGAGAAAUCCUCGCAGCGGUUAGCGGUGGCACGUAAUCUCGAGGCUGAUACAUGGAGUGAUGAAGAUUAGUGAACAACGCGAAUAAUUUCGGGGCUCUCUUCUGAUACGAUACUAGUGUGCUUGCUGUUUAAUAAUUGACAGGUGUUGUCUGCUGAUUGCAUUUAAACGUUGUUUUGCAUGGAUGUACGAGUACAUUAUAAUUUUAUCUUUUAAUGUUUUUUGCUUAUAUCGAGAUUUAAACAGAAAAGUUGAAAUCGUUGCGCACAAUCAAUUUUAUGUUAAAAAACAUGCGUUUGGACACCAACCACUGGCAACCAG